CUUUAACCCGCCGGUAAAAAAAAACCGAAGAAGAAUUUGAAAUAUUUUGCGCGCGCUUCACGACAUCCUCAGAUCACAAAGACGGACGCUGCGCACUUUUUCCUGCUUCAUUUAAACUAGGCCUAUAUUUUUACUCACAUAAGAAACACUGAAUUGCCAACAUCACUCUUGAUCAUCACCAUGAAGAAAAUGAGUAAUAAUAGCAUUCUGAAAUACUUUGAGAAAAGGCAGCCUGACAGUGACACGACAAGGGUGUCACAAACUGCUGAGAAUGCUCAGGAAAGACAUCACACAAGCAAGAAAAACGAAAAGGGGCUUGGUAAUAAUGACCGUAAUCCAUUAAAGGAAAGAACAAACAGUUUUUGUAAGGAGGAAGUCAGAGAGCGACAAUCAAAAAGUCAUCUGCAACAGAGUGCUGAAGGGCAAAGCAACACUUUUAAUUUCUGCUACAAAUCUGAGACACAUGCCGUGGUGUGCAAUACAUCCAAGACUGUGCUUGAUGCUCUUAAUACAAACAAGAAUUUCAGAGAGUUUAAAAAAGACAACAUGGAGAAAGAAAUAGUGAUCCAGAGACGUGAAGGAGCGGUUCCUAGAGCGGCUGUGAAGACUGAUUUCCCCUGCUGUCUCAUUGAAAGAGAUGAGCUCUUAGAUAUAACCUUCAUCAAAAAAGGUGGAAAUGUUCCUUCAAAGAAAAAAACAACUGAAAGGCUUUCAUUCUCUAAUGAACCAGAAAACUUUGUAAUCUUUUACAUUAAAACAAAAGGAGGGAAGAAAGUGAAACGCUUAAUGAAAAACAAUGAGCUGAGGAUGAAGGUUGAUGAUGUUUGUGUGUACGCAUCCAAAAAAGACAAACUGACGGCUGCUCUGCGGCGUGAUGGGCGAUUCACCAAUGCCAUAUUCGACAAGCACUGUGUACUUUCUGAGUUUGGGAGCAAAACAAUCCAUGAUAUGUCAAGAACUGUAGAGCAUCUUGAUGGAAAGCAUUUUGAGAUCAUUGUUAGGAGAGACAAAAAACAGCCAGAUAGCCAAGAUGAUGUCUUGAGUGAUGUUAGCGCUGAAAUGAAUGAAGCUUCAGCCGCUGAUUUGAAAGGAAAUGUUGAUCCUAACCAGCAUCCCAUCAACACUGAACAAGAAGAAACACAAAAGAGAAACACAAUGAAAUCCACAAAUCAUUCCACUGAUUCUCCAAAAAUAAUUCCAGACUCUGAAGAGAUUCUGGGAAUUCUGCGUAAUCAGUUUAAAGAUUUACUGGAGACAUUAAAGCAGCGAGAGAACCUAAAGAAGAACUCUAUGUUCCAAAAGUUCUUCAGAGCAGAAUAUGAUAAAAGCGUUCAGAGUUUCUCUGAGGUGUAUAAAAUAAAGCGGCUCAUGAGACUCUGUGACUCUGUGUGUCAGAUUCGAGUGGAGGGAUCCGCCAGAGGAACCGGCUUCUUACUCUUUGGGCGAUUUGUUCUAACUAACGCACAUGUUGUUAGGGACUUUCUUGAGUCUCCAGAUAAGCUUUCUUCUACAAAGUAUUUAGAAGCGGCAUUUGAUUUUGAACGUCUGGAUUCAAAGGUGAAGCUGGUGCCAGUCAGGAAACGGCUUGCUGCUUACUGUUUCAUAACAGAUGUUAAUAAAAGACGGCUUGACUUUGCUCUUCUUGAACUGGAUGAAGUUGAUGAAAUCACAGGCCGUCCUGGAUUGCUCAGUCGAUACAUUUGUGGCUCCCCUCCUAACCGAGGUGGGAUCUGCAUUGUGGGACAUCCAGAUGGUGGGAUUAAGAAAGUGGACCCCUGCUUAAUUGUUGAGGAUCUACAAGAGGCUGAAUAUAAACACAAGUCUGAGAAUGUCCAUUUCAUUCAGAUGAUCACAAAGAGGAGUUUAGAAGAUAAAUGGGCCGUUUAUAAAAACCAGAUUAAUUAUAACUCUUGUUUCUUUCAUGGAUCUUCUGGCUCUCCAGUUUUUGAUGAAGACUGCUAUCUGAUUGGUGUGCACACCGGUGGAUAUGUGUACCCUGGAGAAAGAGGUAAAACUAGAAGCGUUGUGGAAUAUGCUUAUUCCAUGCAGCCCAUUCUGGAUAUGAUCAGAGCACAGGCUAAGAUAAAAGGUUUGCAUGACGUCGUCAAUAUCUUAGAAGCGCACAGCAAUAAAAGCGAUGAGUCUGGGACCACAGAGCAGGAGAAUCAGACCGACUGCGAGAUGGAAGUUUCUUAUUGAAGUGUCCACAUGCCGCCAUUUCUUUGGCUGACAUGACUGCAAUGGUUUCAAUUCUUAAUUUUUUUCAAUGUCUUUUACAAAUGCCUAUCCGUUUUUACCUCUUUUUUUUUUUUUAGAGAUAGCAUGUUUAAAAGCUGAAGUUACUCUCGGUUUCUCUUAUUUUUGAUAAAUGUAAAUACAUGUAUCUUACAGGUGAUAGUGGGUUCAUUAAUUUGGUUGAGACUAAAAAUACAUUUACAGUUCAUUCUUUAUUGUAUUUUCUUUUUGUUGUUAUUCAUACAUAAGUGUUCGUUUAUCCAUACACACUCAUUUGUAGCUUUAAUGUUUAUUCGACUUACAUAUACAGUAUUAUUCUAUUAGCAUGUCCCUUGUGUGAUUCAUGUGUUGUUUUGAUUGCUCAUGUUGAGAAGCGUCUCGGAUCUUGAGUUUGUUGGGUCUGAAAAAUGUUUUGUGUAUGUCCUGUAAUUAGAGAACUUUUUUUUAUAUAUAUAUAAUAAAUCUUUCUGUUCAAAC